CGUGCGGGCGCGUGCGCCACCGCGGGGUACGACGAUGUGUGUAUAUAAAGGGUCGCAGCAGCCGUGGAGGGCGUCAGACGACGAUACGACAGCACACCUGCCGUUGGAGACCGCUGCAGCGACGCCAUGAAGUUCCUCGUGCUGGUACUGUUCGCUCUGGCCGCCGCCGCCUCUGCGGCGUACCUGCCGGCGGGCGUGUCGCCGCUGAACCUGGCCUACAGCGCGGCCCCCGUGCAGGCGCCAGGGCUGCCCUUGUACCCGUAUGGCGCUCUGGGGCUGGGCCAGCUGCUGCCCUACGGCGGCCUGCAGUCCUACCCCUACCCCUACGUGCCCGCUGUCUCCCACGCCCCCGCAGCCGUCGCGGUGAGCGCCGCCCCCGCCGCCUCUGCCUCCGCCGCCCCCACCCCCGUCGCAGAGCAGAAGUCGCUGGCUCCAGUAGCCCCCGCAGCUCCCGCCGUCCCUGAGGUGCAGCCUGUGGACGCGCCCAAGCCGGUCGAGGAGACUCCUGAGGUGAAGCAGGCCCGCGAGAGCUUCAUGGCGCUGUGGCUGGCCGCCGCCAAGGCCGCCGCCGACAGCCCCGACGCCGGCGACGCCCCCGCCGCCGCCCCCGCCGGCGAGCCGGCGCCCUCCAGGCGGCGCCGUGACGUCACGGGCGUGCUGCGGCCGGCCGUGCGCUCCUGGGGCUCCGGCGCGCCGUGGCCCUCCUACUCCUACUCCUACUCGGCGCCGCUCAGCGCCGCCCCGCCCCACGUGCAGCCGGCAGCCUACCCCUACUACUACUGACCGCCGCGUCGCUGACCGGCGCGGUCGCCCCCACCUAUGACGAAAUGGCCACCGUUCUCGACUUUUUUUGUGCUCUUCUGUUACUUUAUCCUUCUCCAACGUUCUCUCAAGCAAGCUCAAUAAAGACGCUGCUGUGACACAGCACAUAA